AACCCUAGAUCUAUCCAUCUCUCUUUUUCUGUAAAUCUCCUUUACUUCUGUUGAACAAAAGUUUCCAAUGGAGCUCCCAGAAGACAUCAUGCUAGACAUCUUAACACGUUUACCCACCGAAUCGAUUUUGGAAUCCAAAUUGGUAUCCAAAACUUGGAGAGAUGUUGUUCGCCAUCCAUUCUUCUCUCAAAAGCAUUCAAAUCGUCUCUUAUCUGCCGCUGAUGAUUCAGGUGCCUUUGCAGAUGAAGCUAUUCAUUGGAUAGACACAAAUAAGAAACAAACGCUGAUGUCCUUCGAUUUGGUUGAUGAAAAGUUUCGUGAAAUUUCAUUAGCCACACUCCCACAACAUGUAUACCUUAAACCUGUUGGGGCUUUGGGUGAUAGUUUGAUGUGUGUCAAUAAUAUGAGAGAUGGUGACACAUGGUUAUUAAAGGAAAAGGAAAAUGGUGACAUGAAGUGGGAGGUGGAUUACAAGUCAAUAAGCUGCAGUCAAGGGUUUAACUUUGGUGGUAUGGAACCAUUUGCAGUUACAAACAAUGGUGUAGUUCUGUGUUUCAGAGCGAGAGCCACAAAUACCACUGUCCAUCGUUAUGACUUAAAAUUUUCAUCUCUGGAAGUGCUUGUCAGUCUUGAUAAAAAAUGUAAUGAUUCACCAUUUCCUCACAUGAAAACUUUAGUUUCAUAGAAAGCUUUAGGAGAAGAAAAUACGAGAAUACCACAACUUAUAGUCGUCUUUUCUGGAGAUGCUUGUCACAUGAAAGCUUUAGCUGUAGAAGAAGAAAAUACGGAAAGAAUGGAGUCAAGUUUGGAGACAAAAAGAAAUGAUUAGAAAGGACAAGCAGCAUUUGUAAGGAAGAAGUCCUUAAGGAUACAUACUGGUUUCAUUUUGUGACUGGUUAGUAUAUACAUGGAACCGUUUUUUGAAUCCUAUUUAAUUUACAAUGUGUUAGUUUGUUGUAGUUGUUUUUCUUUCUUGCAUUAUCCAUCACAUCUUUAUCUAGUGUAUUACUGUUAUUUAACAUGGAGUUGAGCUAG